AUGCUAAGAGCCCAAAUUCUCCAAAAAACAGAGGCCGGACUAGCCACAAAGAAAUAUAUUGAUAAAGGUGAAUUAGUUCCUGAUGAUAUCAUGGUGAAUCUAAUCUUAAAUGAAAUACAUUCCUUGGGACAUGUUAGUUGGCUCCUUGAUGGAUUUCCCAGAACUGUCCCUCAAGCCAUAUCUUUUCACAAAGUAGAACCAGUGAACAUUGUGAUCAAUCUGAACAUCCCUUUUGAUGUUAUUAUUGACCGAAUCAAAGGAAGAUGGCUUCAUCUACCCAGUGGUAGAGUUUAUCACACUGAGUUUAAUCCUCCCAAAACUCCUGGAAUUGAUGACGUCACUGGAGAACCUUUAAUCCAAAGAGAUGAUGACAAACCAGAAACAGUAAGACAACGUUUGGAAACAUACAAAAGACAAACAGAACCAGUUCUUGAGUAUUAUAAGAACUCAGGUUUACUCAGAGAAUUUAAGGGUAAAUACACAAAUGAAAUUUGGCCAAAGGUCAGAGAACUUUUGUCAACACAAAUGACACCAAUUGCUUCUGUUGACUACAAAUAA